CCUGCACUUUGCGGAACAACAUCGGUCCAAUGAGUCGGUCCUAGCGCCGCGGAAAGACGUGAACUCGCCUUUGUCGACGACUUAGCCUCGUAUUUCACUCGAUCCAAGUGGCAUUCAUGAACUAGGUGAGGUUCUGUACUGCGGUGGUCAGGAUGUUUUCGCCGUGGGACCGGUGGUACUCGACGAGCUGCUGCCUCUGCUGCCAUGUACGGACGGGCACCAUUAUACUGGGAAUAUGGUACAUGCUCAUCAACGCAGUGGUCUUACUCAUCUUACUGUCUGCGCUCAAUGACCCAGUGCAGUACCGGUAUCACCUGACCAGCUCCGAGCUCGGCACUGACAUCGAUGUCAUGGACGAUGCAAAUAUCUGCAUAGCAACUGCAAUAUCCCUCCUUAUGAUUCUUAUAUGCGGCAUGGCAACCUAUGGGGCCUAUAAGCAACAUGCUGCUUGGAUCAUCCCUUUCUUCUGCUACCAAAUCUUUGACUUUGCCCUUAACACGCUGGUAGCCAUUAGUGUGGUGGUCUACCCCAACACAGUUCAGGACUAUCUUCAGCAGUUGCCAGGGACAUUCCCUUACAAAGAGGACAUCAUGUCCACCAACAACAUGUGCCUAGUCUUUGCAGUCCUGCUUUUCAUCGGCUGCAUCUUAACCUUUAAGGCCUACCUGAUUGGCUGCGUGUGGAACUGCUACAGAUACGUGAGCGGCCGAGGCAGCACUGAAGUCUUGGUCUAUGUCACCACCAAUGACACUACGGUCCUGCUGCCCCCCUACGAGGAGGCUAUUGCCAUCCCGCCCAAGGAGCCCCCGCCCCAGUAUAUGGAGGCAUGAGCACCACAUACUUCUCUGCUGCUGGUCCUCUGCAUGUACCCCCUCCUCCUCCUCCUCCCCCCUACUCACCCCAACCCACCCUCUCCACCUCUUCUACCCCCUCGGACUUCCUACGCUCCCAAUGGUUCUUGUUCAAAUCAAAACAAAAGGACUUAUCCCAAGGAGGUCCCAGCUCCAAAUCUUAAACCCUAAACUCUGAAAUCGCACAACAUUUCUUGGUUGUUGUGGCAGACUGACUUUUCAAAGACAAAAAAAUGGCACUUUUCUUUGACCCAAAAGUGCAUCGUGUGGCCACCAACUGUUACUACAACUCCUGAUACUGUGAAUCCUUGUUGUCUUCAUUGAUAAACUACCUAAAAGUGUGUGCAUGUGAGCAAAUGAGAAUACUGGCUGGUUUUGUGAGAGCACUUUUUUCAGAUGAAUUCCCAUUGAAUGUAAUGUUGGGGUAUUUUUGUAUGACUUUUGUAUAACAGUGAAAAAGGGAAAAAGAAGAGAAUAAUAAUGACCUGUUAAAAGUGAUGUAAUGUGUUAUGGUGUAGUGCUGAAAAGAAGGGGUGUGGCAAUGCAUGGGAAAUAGGCUUAAAAAAUAUAAUAACUGAAAGAGUGAUUUGCAUUUGACAGAUAAAAAUAAAUAGUCUACUACAAAUAGGCCUGUCACGAUGAUACAUUUUGAAGUGCGAUAUAUUUCUAAAGUAAAAAUAAUAUUGAAAUUCGUUUAUGCUACUGACACAAAAACCCAAGAGCAGAUUCAAACCACAAAAACUAUUCUAAAUUUACAGUAUUGUUAAAAAAUCAUGAGCUACAAUAAAUAAAUAGCAGAAUGAAACAUGGCUUCUAUGGCUUAAAUCUUAUCAUUUAGCCAAAAAAAACUAAACAAAAAUUUCCCAGCAGUGCAAUGCAAAAUAUAUACACGCUAAAAAAUAUAGUUCCUUCUUUCACCUUUCUCUCUUUCUUUCAUUUCUCUCACUAGUAUUUAUCAUGACAGGCCUAACCACAAAUGUAUAGAUAAUAUUCAUUGAAUAUCUGUCAAUACAUUAACCACACACUGUUGUUUAACCUCACUCAGUUAGUGAAGUAAGAAGAUUGUGAAAUACGUGCAUUGUUACGUCCCCUCAGAAAAAGUUGUACCGACCAAUAGGAGCUUGUCUUCCUUUUGUAUUCAAUAUGUCUCUGUAAUAUUGUACCGCAUUGAUUUCUAUAGAAACUCUACUCCCACUUUCGAGAGAUCCUUUGUGUAAUCAUUCUCUGAAGCACUUAUUAUACAAUUAGUGCGUCUCAAAAUGACCCAAAUGUGAAUCUGGUAGAGUUUUCUAAUUGUGCUGUUAUCAUCUUGUGUCCCUAUGAAGUUAUGCAGUGUUGACUGUCUUAUUUUUUACACAAUUAUGACUUUUUGUUUUGACUUAGCUGGACUGAGGGCAUUUUCCUACAAAAGACAGUGUGAUAUGCUGCUGAACUCGUCAUGUGUGCUUGAAGCUGUUUGUAGUUUCUUUUGCACGUGGUUUAAUAUCAUGAUGCAUUUUUACUCCUUCUGUCCUUUGAAAGCGCUUAUGUUUUUCAAAGCAUUUAUUGAAAUAGCACAGUAGCACAAAUCAGAUGAUGCUUAGUAGUUCAUGAAGACUUUUACAGGUAAUAGAAUAAGACUGGGGUAGAUUAUGCUCAACUAGGACUGCGCAAUAUUAAGAAAAGGGGAAUUUAAACUAUGUGAAAUUUGUGUAACUGUUAUGUUUACAAUUAACAUUUUAAUCGCUGUUUCCCUACCCUACUCCAAACUGGAAAAAAAAAUCGAAAAAAUCUAAAUGAAAGGAAUUAAAAUGAGACUAGACCAAUGCUGAAUUGAGAUAUCCAACUAUUUUAAUUGAAGUAAAAAUAAUUGGUCACAUUUCGGAUGUUUUUAAAACAUGUACUUCUAAUUUGGCAGGUCUUGUUUUAUGUCAGUCAAAAAAUAAUCUGUGCUAUAUUGUGCAACCUCCUACAUAGAUCUAGCCAUGCAAUUAUUAACAUGUGGUAUUCUUACUAUGCAAAAGUUAGUGUAAAAUUGAUCCUUUCCAUUUGAUACUAAUGUGUUAGUGAAUAUUGUAUCCUUGUCAUUGUCCCUGUGAAUCAGUGCUUCUGCAAAUCCAACAAAACAGCACUUUAUUGUGAGUGAGAAAGCCAACUCCUCCUAUACAAACUGCUGUAAGAGUGUUAAAGCAACGGCCUCUUUUGUAUUUGUGUAACAGGCCAAUGUAUGCUGUUACAGGGACUACCGGCAGAGUGGAUGUAGACUGGACCUUUUACAAUUACAAUCACCAAGACUGUUCUGUCUCUGUUUACUCAUAGUGAUCUUGUUGGAUUUGCACGAGCCCAUGUCAUCA